AUGACAAAAACAAUUGAAACGUUGGAACAAGAGAGAGAUGAUAUAAGUAUAUCUCUGAAUAUAAAAGAUGGAGAAUUUUCGAAAGAUGAUGGAGUAAUUAAUAAUCGUUCACAGGCAGAAUCUAAAGAUGUUCGAAUAUUUAAUAGUCGUUUAGAGGUACCCCCACCGAAUUUGGAAUAUAAACAACACUAUGAAUCAGCAUGUAAAGCUGUUGGUAGAAUCAUUGUGAGAUUGUCAAAAGAGGAUGAGAAAGAUGAAUGGAAAUAUGGAACAGGUUUUUGUGUGAAGAAAGAUAUCAUCAUCACAGCAGCACAUGUACUUCAAAACCCAAAGAGCAAAAAUAUUUCAAUAUAUAUCUAUUUUGGUAAUGAUGCCCACAUUGAGAGAGAGAUUGCAAUGUGUGGCAUUGAUAAUACUCGUGGCGUCUUUAGAUUGAAAUCAUGCGGAAGAGAGUUUGACAAUCAAUUCAAAGAACCAUUGUUGAUACCCGGAGUCGAUAAAAGUCAGGAUAAACAAUACAAUUGGUUUAUUAACAACGAUCUAGAGGUUCUUAGAUUCGAAAACAACAAUUCACCAAUCAAACAAGGCUAUCUCUUCCCAAUGAUACCGAGUGGCCCCACAGCUAGCAAAGUUCAUUAUGUAAUGGGUUACCCAGGAUACGCAGAUUUGGAUACGUUCAUUAGGAAGCUUUCUGGAGUUGAUAAUAAGAUCAACAAAAAUAUUUAUAACUUUUAUUCAGCUUACAGAGGAUUUCAGAGAAAGACUAUUUGCAUUGGUAAAGUAACAGGUUCCAAUGAAAAGGUAUUGACACAUCAAUGUCCGACACUUCCAGGUACCUCUGGUGGUGUAUUGGCAAACAGUGAAUUCAAAGACCAAUUUAUUGGAAUACACCUUGGAAGUAACACAUUAACAGGAAAUAUAGCGUUAACCUUAUUUAAAAUAUUCACUAGAACAACUACAAAAACUACAACAAAAUCAACAACUACACCAACUACAACAACAACUGCAGAAUCUUCUACAACAAACAACAAUAAACUGAUAAUAGAAGCAGUCUGUGAUUUAAUAACAACAACGACGGUGAUAGGAGUACAAAAACCACAAAACUAA